CAAUUUAUCAAAAUCCUUUCAACUGCUCAAAUCAUGGCUUCUUUCUUAAUACCAUUCCAGGUCCUCUUCUUUCUCAUGCUUGUGCCGCUUCAGUCCUCCAUCGUUUUUGCUUCUUUAGCAGCUGCUGCACCAGCUAAAGAAGCAGAAACUCUUCUAAAAUGGAAAGCUAGCCUUGACAACAAAAGCCAAACUUUGCUCUCUUCGUGGCUUGGAGACAGCCAUUGCAACUGGGUCGGAAUCACUUGCGACGAGGCUGGAAGCAUGACCAAUCUAAGCCUUCCAAAUUAUGUAGAAGGCCUCAGAGGGAAUAUUCCAUCUGAAAUUUGUUUACUGAAGAGUCUUGAACUCAUUUCCCUAUCAAAUAAUAGGAUCACUGGUUCUAUUCCACAAGAAAUAGGAAGGCUGAGUUCAGUUUCUAACAUCUUUUUCUAUGAUAACAAUCUAAGUGGUCCAAUCCCUACCUCUAUUGGAAGCUUGCAUAAUUUAACCGCCCUUGACUUGAAGCUUGCAUAA